GGAAAUUAACCCAAAUGAAUCAUAUCCUCUUCGCUCCGUCGCUACUCCCGUGUUGGCGCACCUCUCCCGCUGUUGGCAGCGAGAUGGCUGCUAUAUUCCCCUCUUUUGUCCCAAAUCGAAUUUCCACCUGCCCAUCUCUCUCUUCGCCGGCUACCCCCCGCGUCGCCCUCCUGCGAAACUCUCUCCUGGCCACUCCCAUCUCCCUCGCGCCGUCGCGGUUCUUCUCGAGGUCAAACUUCCGAUCUUCUGCCACCGCCGCCACCGUUGUAUUUAUGCUCCCCACAGCGAAACCGGAGCUAGCGUCCACUGGGAAGAAGCCAAGAUGGUCGCUCAGGUCUAUAAAGUCCUUCGCCAUGGCAGAACUGGAGGCACGGAAGCUCAAAUAUCCCAGCACAGGAACGGAAGCCCUCCUCAUGGGUAUCUUGGUGGAGGGAACAAGUGAAGCAGCAAAAUUUUUACGGGCAAAUGGGAUUACAAUUUUUAAUGUGCGUGACGAAACUGUGAAAGUACUAGGCAAAUCAAACAUGAAUUUUUUCAGUCCAGAAUUUCCUCCCUUGACCAAACCAGCACAAAGGGCACUAGAUUGGGCUGUUGAUGAGCAACUGAAAUCAGCAGGUGAGGAUGGAGAGAUAACAACAGCACAUAUACUUCUCGGUAUAUGGAAUGAGAAAGAAUCAGCUGGUCACAAGAUCUUGGCUUCCCUAGGUUUUGACGAUGAAAAAGCAAGUGAAGUAGCAAAGUUUGCCAAAAAUGAAUUUGUGAUGAAUUAUCGGUAGUUGACUGCAGAACGGUCAAAGUUUAGCAAAGUUAUCCACCUUUUAUCUUCAUUCGAGAAAGUUGUUUAUUGUCACUUCGGCUUAAUCAGCUGCUUACAAGGUUAAAAUUUCUUCAUGAUGCUGGUCGAAUGUGAUUCGAGGAUUUUCAAUUUCCUUAUGCAAUGCAUUCUUUGAUGCAUAUUAUUUAGGGCACGUUGAGUUAGUGAAUGCCUCUCUUAAUCUUACCACAAUUACUAUGUUAAAAGUGUCCUAAUGGGAUGCUGCUGAAUAAUAGUCUGCCGGCCUGGAAAUCUCACCCGUGAUCGUUCGCUUAAUAACUAUUCAGUGCUUAGUAUGAGAUUAGUUCAUACAUUUGUAAAGUGUCAUGGUUUAGACAAUUAUCAACCUGCUUCGGAUUCACAAAUGAAUGGUGCGGAUCCAUUUAAUUCCACAGAAAUGCAAUAGGCUGUUUUCCUAUUUUGCAGAGCCGUUGUCACUAAAAUCAUUAGUGUAAUUACAGUGACGGUUGAUUAUAAGUUGAUUCUGUGAUUUAUUUAUCUUC